GAAAAUCCCAAUUCUGCUCCCACUUAAGUUAAAGUUCCCAGUGAGUUUCAAUGACAGCAGGAUCAGCUACCUUUGUUUUUACUGACUAGAAGCUUAACAAAACCUCCCAAGAGUACUUUUGUCUUGAUCACAACCAAGAUUGUCACUAAACAUGAAAGAAUACAGGAAAUCCUAUCUUGGCCACCAUGAAUACCUGCACUAAUUAAGCCGCAGACAAGGUGUUGGGCAAACAGCAAGGUAUCCAAAUCCAGAGAGAGCAGAAAUGACCAUGACGGCCAACAAGAAUGCUAGUGCCACCAACAGAGCUGGAGGGAGUAAAGUGCCUCAGGAUACUUUGGAUCGGUGUCAGUCAGUCUCUCCGCCUCCUCUUUUGUCCCCACCCAGAAGCCCAGCCUAUCCCCUCAGUGACAGUGAGGAGUCCUGCCGGUCCACCAAGUUCACCAAAGUUUCCAAUUCCAGGCUGCUCCUCAAGGACUGGAGCAGCCGGGGGUCUGCGCUGAGAGGCACCUCCGGGCUCCCCUUAGACACGGACUCUCCAAACCACUCUCUAAAAGCUGUGAGCGUUGGCUCCUUGGAUAAAAGGCUGUCUGUUUGUAAGGCUGAGGACCAAAAAGAAACCCCCAAGGAGACUCAGGAUGGGGAUGGAAUAGGGAGCCGUCAGCUCACCCGGAGCACUCUCACCUUGGGAACUGCAACCAAUUUACGGAACAUCUCUCUCAGCAGGGCAAGCAUCCACUCCCAGGCACUGGACAUCAGGCAGAAGAUUACAGAAUGGGAGUGCCGCAAGCAGCUUUCUCCCAGGAUGAGCACACGCGUGGACAAGAGGGACUUCGGGGACAGAUCUGGCAGUGAGGGCUGCCCUAGCAUAUUGCCCUCUCCUUGCAGUGAGAAGACUUUUGAUUUUAAAGGAUUCCGGAGAAUGAGCAGAACAUUUUCCGAGUGCUCCUACCCAGAAACAGAGGAGGAGGAGCUCCCGGACAGAGAUUCCUGCCAUAGGUUGGAAAAGAGACCAAGUAGGAGCGAGGCUCCUUCCAAUGCUUUCUUCAAAGGGCAUGUCAGAAAAGAGACUUCUGCCGUGCUAAACAGAAUACAGAAGAUUGAACAGGCAUUAAAAGAACAGCCUGGCAGGGGUCUCCCUCAGUUGCCAAGUAGCUGCUAUAGUGUUGACAGAGGGAGGAAAAAGUCCAUGACGUUGGGUACUGUGGAAGGUUUGAGUGAGAACGUGAACGAUAGCAAAGGAGGGACUGUUAGUGUUGGGAGGGAUCCAGAAACACCUACUGAGACUGAAAAAAGUAAUAAAACGAAACAAGGGGCUACCACAGAUUCUGGUAGCCCUAAGUUGCUCCCUGAGAGCCCAGCUAACACAGCAGUGAACCCUGUCCCCAAACCCAAACGCACCUUUGAAUAUGAAGCUGAUAAGAACCACAAGAGUAAACCAAGCAAUGGUCUACCUCCUUCUCCUACACCUGCUGCUCCUCCCCCUCUCCCAUCCACCCCUGCUCCCCCCGUGACCAGGAGACAGAAGAAAGAGUCACGCUUUCACAGAAAGUCCCAAAAUAGAAAAUCCUUUGAGUUUGAAGAUGCUUCAAGCCUGCAGUCUUUGUACCCUCCCUCCCCAACAGAGAACGGUACAGAAAGCCAGCAUAAGUUUGGAUCCAAGAGCACUUUAGAGGAGAAUGCCUAUGAAGACAUUGUAGAAGGAGAUUCACCCAAGGAAAAUCCAUACGAGGAUGUGGAGCUAAAAGGCCGUCACGCAAGCCGAAAAUCCCAGCAGCUCUCUGAGAAUUCCCUAGAUUCUUUGCACAGGAUGUGGACUCCGCACGACAGGAAGUACACAUCGCCUCCCCAGCUGCCUUCAAAGCCCAGCAGCCAGUCCCUGCGCAUUGGGAACUGGUCUGAGAGGAAAAGCCAUCGCUUACCACGACUACCCAAGCGACACAGCCAUGAUGACAUGCUGCUUCUGGCUCAGCUUGGUAUCCCCUCCUCCCCUUCCAGUCUGAAUGAGGACAGUCUGAGCACCACAAGUGAGCUGCUGACCACACGCAGGGCUAGGAGGAUCCCUAAGCUUGUACAAAGGAUCAAUUCUAUCUAUAGUGCAAAAAGAGGGAAAAAAAGAUUGAAGAAGCUUUUGGUGUCCAAUAUUGAGACAGCAUCACUGCGAGAUGAAAACAGUGAGAGUGAAAGUGACUCAGAUGACAGGUUUAAAGCUCAUACCCAGCGUCUCGUCCACAUCCAGUCAAUGCUGAAGAGGGCUCCUAGUUACCGCACCCUGGAAUUGGAACUGAUUGAAUGGCAGGAGCGUGAGCUAUUUGAGUAUUUUGUGGUGGUCUCUCUGAAAAAGAAACCUUCUAAAAAUACUUAUCUCCCAGAAGUGACAUAUCAAUUUCCCAAGCUUGAAAGGCCCACCAAGCAGGUGCGUGAAGCAGAGGAGCGUCUCAAAGCCAUCCCACAGUUCUGCUUUCCUGAUGCCAAGGACUGGAUCCCAGUAUCCGAAUACAACAGUGAGACCUUCUCUUUCAUGCUGACUGGGGAAGAUGGCAGCAGAAGGUUUGGUUAUUGCAGAAGAUUACUGCCAAGUGGAAAAGGUCCACGCCUACCUGAAGUAUAUUGUGUCAUCAGCCGGCUGGGUUGCUUUGACUUAUUUUCCAAGAUCCUGGAUGAGGUUGAAAGGAGAAGGGGCAUCUCUGCUGCCUUGGUUUAUCCAUUUAUGAGGAGUCUGAUGGAGUCUCCUUUUCCUGCACCUGGAAAGACAAUCAAAGUCAAGACUUUUCUGCCUGGAGCUGGAAAUGAGGUGAUAGAGCUUCGGCGUCCAAUGGACUCACGUCUGGAACACGUGGACUUUGAAUGUCUUUUCAAGUGCCUCAGCGUACGACAGAUCAUCAGGAUCUUUGCUUCCCUUCUGCUGGAGCGACGCGUGAUCUUCAUAGCAGAUAAGCUCAACACCCUCUCAAGCUGUUCUCAUGCUGUGGUGGCUCUGCUGUACCCCUUCUCCUGGCAGCACACUUUCAUUCCUGUUCUUCCCUCAUCCAUGAUUGACAUUGUCUGCUGCCCUACUCCGUUCCUGGUUGGACUGCUGUCCAGCUCUCUGCCCAAGCUGAAAGAGCUGCCUGUAGAAGAGGCUUUGAUGGUUAACUUGGGAGCCGAUCGAUUCAUCAGACAGAUGGAUGAUGAAGACACACUAUUACCUAGGAAAUUGCAAGCUGCUCUGGAGCAGGCUCUAGAGAGAAAAAGUGAACUGAUAAAUCAGGAUUCAGAUAGUGAUUCAGAUGAUGAGUGUAACACCCUGAAUGGAUUAGUAUCAGAAGUUUUCAUCCGAUUCUUCGUGGAAACUGUUGGCCACUAUUCCCUGUUCUUAACUCAGAAUGAAAAAGGAGAGCGUGUCUUCCAAAGGGAUGCUUUCCGCAAAUCUGUAGCUUCCAAGAGUAUCCGUCGCUUCCUGGAAGUCUUUAUGGAAUCCCAAAUGUUUGCUGGGUUUAUACAGGACAGAGAACUGAGAAAAUGCAGGGCAAAAGGUCUCUUUGAACAGAGGGUUGAACAGUAUUUGGAAGAGCUUCCAGACACUGAACAAAGUGGAGUAAACAAAUUCCUGCGAGGUCUUGGAAAUAAAAUGAAGUUCCUACACAAGAAGAAUUAACUCCUUUCUACUGACACGUCAAUCCAAAGACUAUUUAUGACACUGCUUGAGACACUUACAACCUUUCAGAUUCUGGUGCGGGAGGAGAAUAAGAUAAGCUGAAUACAGCUUUAAGUGACUGUAAAUGCCGUUUGACAAUGUGCCAGCAAAAAAAAAAAAAGUUUAUAAUGACUCCUCUUUAUGUAUUUGGACAGAAUUUGUAAAUAAUGUGCUGUAAGCUUUCUUUUUUAAUGAGCAAGAAAAACUGUGGUAAAUAUUUGUAUAUUCCUGAGAAUAACAGGUGCUUCUUUCUCUAGUAUGAAUUGAGUUAUGCUUGGUGCAAAAUGAAUAGCUAAUUAUGUGCAGCUGACUGUCUCAGCAGAACCACUGACUUCGAAGGAUGUUUGUGAGAACAACACUGAUGCCUGAAUAUUGUAAUAGUGAAUGAACUCCAGGGUAUAGAGGAAGAGGUUGUAUGCAAGGGGACUGGUUUUAUGUGACAGAGUUUAUAAUUUUCUCUUGUUUUCCUACUAAUCCAUUCAAAAAGACAGAAAUAACAGGUAACUUUGUAAUAAGCUACUUGGUUCACAACAGAAUUUCCACUUGGUUUGAACUAUGGUCAGUAAAUUGUUUUUUAAUGCAUUCUGCACUAUGACUGCUAAAUAUGAGGAAAUCUCAGUUCUUUGACAUGCAAGCUGCAAUAAUUAGGUACAGUACAUCCUUUCCUAAUAUAUGUAUGUAUGGUUUUUAAUAAACUGUGUAAAUAUACCUGUUUGUUUAUGUUCAUUGGAUUCCCUCCACCAUUUCUGCUACUGUUUGAAUAGAUAUAGAAAGAGUAAAUUUGCUGUGAUUUUUGUUGAAUAUCUUAUAAUUAAAAUAUAAAAUGAAUAAUAUACACCUAUCUCUUAGUAGGAUUGCUAUUUCAUGAAAUUUAUUCUAACCUAUUUUCUUACUUGACACUAGAUCACUUGGGAUGUUACCCGACAGUCUAUCUCACCAUUUUAUCGAUUUUAAUCUGGCAACAAAAUCAUCUUUCAAAAUGUGUUUGUUCAGGUUUAUUCUUUUGGUGGGACAAUAACAUCCUAGUUUUGUCAUUAUUAACAUAAUGGGUUAAAUGUAUCCCAACGAGUAAACUUUCAUGUUGAUUUUUGUAAUGUGUUUAAAUGUCUUGAGAAGGAAACAGAUUGAGCAAUGCAGAUAUGGAGGUGGAAAGGAAUAAUGAUAGGUGGAAGAGGGGGAUGCCAAAUCCCAGUCUUUGCCUUGAAUAUCAGUGCAGCUCAGGCCAGCACUGACUAGAUGUAUGUUAGUCAUAUCCUUUUCUUUGCAUUACCUAAGAAUUAAUAUCCUAAGCACUGCAGAGGGUUUAAGUGGGACAGAUGUACUGGCCUUAUCCUGGCCCUUUGCACAAGGGGUGAAGUCACCCCAAAUUUGCCUAAUUUAAAAUUAUUUAAAUUAGUUGAUCCUUGACCAAUUUUAGUAACAUACCCAUUGUCUGCUACAUUGCUGUUCAUUUAUUAUUUCACUUAAAUCCUUAGUUUCAAAGAGGGUAAAUCAGAAAAAGUUUGCAAGCUUAUCAACUAAUACAAAUUAAGAGUUACUUCCUCCCCCUUAAACGCAUUCUCAGUAUAUAUACUUUUAAGUUUUUAAAACUUGAUUUCUGUGCUUAUCAAGACGAUUUGAGGCUUGCGCAACUCCUAACCUGUCAGUGGUUCAGGUUUGCUACCAGCCUCAUAGAAUAAAAUGGAGGGUUUAUUCACUGAGAAGGUGAAGUAAUUUCCUUUCCAGCAAUUAUGUCCCUCACAUUCAAUUCUAACAUAAUAUUUUUUUGUAGUGUACAUAAAAUGAAAUGUGUACGAAACUGAAAAUACAAAGUGCCUUUGAUACACUGGAGAUGUAUCAAUGUAAUUUAUUUCCUUUUUCACUAACAGUUUCAUAUUGUGCUGUAUUUGGUUGCAAGGGCAUCUCAUUACACUGCCAUAUAAGAUUUAUCCAUGACCUCUGGCCUUUGUUCCCUGAAUUAGAGGUGACACUUUUGACCUUUUGAGGUUGACUCUUGCACUUUUAUAAAUAACCCCUGCUAAUGAAUCUAUGGAACAACAUGAAGUAUCUUCUAAGAAAAUCAUGGAUACAGCACCCUGGGCUGGAGGAAAUGGCUACCAUAGGAACAGUUGUUACAAACACAAGAGAAAAAUGGCCAUAAAAUACUCCAAAGGCCAGGAGAGUGCCCUAUCAUAAUAAAGCACUUAUCCUCUCACAUUGAAGCUGUCUUUCUCCCUUCAUCUGUGCUUCAGCUAUCUAGGUGGAAAGCUUACCAAUUUUACUUUAAUUUGCCAUCUGUGUAGGUAUUAUUUAAAGCAUACCAUAUGUUGAUACACCUCCCCAAAUGCAUAUGUUGUUUCAGGUUUGGUGCCCUGUAUGUAAGAACAAUAUUGGACUGUUAAGAUGAUGACAGCAUGUGUAUAUUCCACAGUAUUGCACAUCCUUCCUUGAUUCUAAAAUGUAGCGUGGUGUAAAUAAUACAAUUCUAAUGUUUUUUGAAAACCUGCCUUUCAAAUCAUCACAUGAACAAAAAAUAUUGAGUUAAUCAUUCCCAUCUGUCUGUUAGUCAUUACAAAGUCCUGGACAAGGGAAAAUUACUUAAACAGCAUUUAAUAGUGAAAGCAAAAAUCUUCAACAAGAAAAAUCAGAUCAGAUGGUGGACUUAUGUUCCAAGCCAUAAGAAAUUUGUAUAAUCCAGAAAGUUUAAAUAAAAAAAUGCAUAAAAUCUUAA